CUCUCUCUCUCUCUCUCUCUCUCUCUCUCUCCUAUUCUUCUUUUUAGGUUCUCUCCUAUUCUUCUUUUUAGGUUUUCCUAUUUAGUUCUUCACAGAGAAUCUCAAAUCCGUGGAAACGCUUCAAUCUCUAUCUUCUCUCUUUCCGUCGGUUGUUUAAAGCUCACAGGAUGGGUGAAGUCAGAGACAACGAUGGUUACGAAGAAGAGCUCGUCGACUACGAAGAGGAAGACCAAAAUGCCCCCAACUCCGCCUCCGCCAAGCCCUCUGGCGACUCCGCCAAGAAGGGCUAUGUUGGUAUCCACAGUUCGGGUUUCAGAGACUUUCUGUUGAAGCCAGAGCUUCUACGAGCCAUCGUCGAUUCGGGAUUUGAACAUCCUUCAGAAGUGCAACAUGAGUGCAUCCCUCAAGCUAUCUUAGGAAUGGAUGUCAUUUGUCAAGCGAAGUCGGGAAUGGGGAAAACUGCUGUCUUUGUCCUGUCAACACUUCAGCAAAUAGAGCCAGUUGCUGGCCAGGUUGCUGCUCUCGUUCUCUGCCACACGAGAGAAUUGGCUUACCAGAUAUGCCACGAAUUUGAGAGGUUCAGUACCUAUUUGCCUGACAUUAAAAUUGCAGUCUUCUAUGGUGGUGUCAGUAUCAAGAUUCACAAGGAUUUGCUGAAAAAUGAAUGUCCCCAUAUUGUUGUUGGGACACCUGGGAGGGUAUUGGCUCUAGCAAGAGACAAGGAUCUUGGGCUAAAGAAUGUGAGGCAUUUUAUUCUUGAUGAGUGUGAUAAGAUGCUCGAGUCGCUUGAUAUGAGGAGAGAUGUGCAGGAGAUUUUCAAGAUGACUCCGCAUGAUAAGCAAGUGAUGAUGUUUUCAGCAACACUCAGCAAAGAGAUUCGUCCUGUGUGCAAGAAAUUUAUGCAAGAUCCUAUGGAAAUCUAUGUAGAUGACGAGGCCAAGUUGACUCUUCAUGGUCUUGUCCAACACUACAUUAAAUUGAUGGAAACAGAGAAAAACCGCAAGUUGACUGAUCUUCUUGAUGCUUUGGACUUCAACCAAGUUGUUAUUUUUGUGAAAAGCGUCAACAGGGCUGCUGAGUUGAACAAACUACUUGCUGAUAGUAACUUUCCCUCUAUCUGCAUCCACUCUGGAAUGUCUCAGGAAGAGAGGUUGAAGCGUUACAAGAAUUUCAAGGAGGGGCAUUCAAGAAUUCUUGUAGCAACAGAUUUAGUUGGAAGGGGGAUUGAUAUCGAGCGUGUUAACAUCGUUAUCAAUUAUGACAUGCCAGAUUCAGCUGACACCUAUCUGCAUAGGGUGGGCAGAGCUGGUAGAUUUGGCACCAAGGGGCUUGCGAUUACGUUUGUCUCAUCAGCAUCUGACUCUGAAGUUCUUAACCAGGUUCAGUCUAGGUUUGAGGUUGAUAUAAAGGAGCUUCCAGAGCAAAUUGACACGUCUACGUAUAUGCAAGUAUGAGGGACUUCUUUUCAACAUGGAAACCUGCAAUUAUUGCGCAGUGUAGUAUAUUGGCGAGCUUUGGAUUUUGGAGACCUCUAGUUUUUAGUUUGUCGCAAGGUUUCAGAUGUAGAAUAUAUCUUAAGAAGAGGAUUAGAAUAUUUUAAUGGUCCUUCAUCCCCACUCUAAAAUUCAUCUUUGGUUACAGAUUGAUUAAACAUGGGUUUAUCUCGUCCUUAUUGUAGCGAUAUUUUGUUGCCUUCAUUUCUGAAGUUAUUUUUGUUUCAUUU